AUUUUUUUUUUUUUUUCUCGCCUCCGCGUGCUACAAAAGCUUGGUGCGCGCAGAGUUUCGCAACCUUCUUCCCGCUCUUUCUUUCACAUCUUUUGUCUUACUUUGUCCCAUCUUCUUCUCUCCCGUUUCCUCUUUGUUGCGACAAAGAGCUCGUAGAAACCGCACAGAUUCAUACUAGAGAAAUUUUUUCACACUAAUAAUCACAAUGGGCAAGGUUAAAGAGUCCAAGAAGGCCACCAAGGCUGCGCCCGCCGUCAAGAGUGCUGGCGUGACCAAGCCCUCGCAGACCAGCAGCGCCAAGUCCAAGAAGAUUGCCAAGGACGUCGCCGUCAAGGCCAGCAAGAAGGACAAGAAGAAGAAGGUUGAGGUCUCGUCCGAGUCUGACAGCGACAGCGAUGCGUCGGACUCGUCUUCUGACUCCGACUCCGAGUCUGAGGUCGAAGAGAAGAAGCCCACCAAGGCCGCCACAAACGGCAAGGCUAAGAAGGCUGCUAAGGCCGAGUCUUCCGACUCCGACUCUUCAUCCGAGUCUGAGGCCGACAGCAGCGACUCUUCCGACAGCGAGUCCGAUGCCAAGCCCGCUCCCAAGGAGAAGGCUGCCACCAACGUUGACAAGAAGGCCGCCGCCAAGAAGGUAGAGAAGUCUGAGUCUUCCGACUCCGACUCUGACUCUUCUGAUUCGGACGAGAGCGACUCUGAUGCCAAGCCGGCUAAGGCUGAGAAGACGGAUAAGGCCAAGAAGGAAGAGACUGAUUCCGACUCUGACUCCGACUCUGACUCUGACAGCUCUGGCUCUGACUCCUCGGACGAUGAAGAGGAGAAGCCGGCCAAGACCGAGGCUCCUUCCAAGAAGCGCAAGGCUGAGGAAGAGGAGGAGGCUCCUGCCAAGAAGACUAAGACCGAGGAGUCUGACAAGCCCUCAACACUGUUCGUCGGUAACCUGAGCUGGAACGUCGACGAUGCCAUGCUGGCUGAGGAAUUCAAAUUCUGCGGUACCGUCACCAGCGCUCGUGUCAUCACCGACAGGGAGUCUGGCAGGUCCAAGGGCUUCGGCUACGUCGACUUUGCCACCCCCGAGGAGGCUGAGAAGGCUCACGGCGAGAAGCAGGGUGCUUUCAUUGAUGGCCGUGAGAUCAAGGUCGACUUCUCUACUGGCAAGGCCACCAACAGCAACGACGCCGCUGGCGCUCGCGCCAAGAAGUACGGUGACACCGUUAGCCCCGAGAGUGACACCCUCUUCGUUGGUAACCUGCCCUUCGAUGCCGACGAGGACAGUGUUGGCGCUUUCUUCAGCGAGGUUGCCGAGGUGAAGAGUCUUCGCCUGCCUACUGAGCAGGAGUCUGGUCGUCGCAAGGGUUUCGGCUACGUCACAUUCAACUCUGUUGAGGACGCCAAGAGUGCUUUCGAGCAGCUGAAUGGCCAGUCCAUCAACGGCAGGAACUGCCGCCUGGACUACUCUACUCCCAGGCCUCCUCGUGAGGAUGGUGGUUUCGGGGGCCGUGGUGGUGGUCGUGGCGGCUUCGGUGGUCGCGGCGGCGGUCGUGGCGGUGGUGGCUUUGGAGGACGCGGUGGCGGCGGUCGCGGCGGUGGCCGUGGUGGCGGUCGCGGCGGCUUCGGUGGCAGCCGCGGUGGUGGUGGUUUCCAGGGCAAGAAGAUCACGUUCUAAACGUGUUCGCCGCACACAGUUACCCAGAGGGCUUCUGUUCACACCUAGUGUGAGCUUAGUUGGUUGUCGGAUUCGCAAUGUCCCUGGCCCUCUUGGGGGUCGGGUCACUGAGGGAUUACAGAUCGUUGGCACCUUGAGAAAGGUGUCAGCGUCAGAACGAUAUACCCGAGGGCUUGAUACUAUCUGUGGGAUAAUGUGCUCUAUGCGAGACACGUUGGCUGGCUUCUUCAAAAAAGGCUCUCCUCCAAGCGCUUGUCGCCCAGAGGCAAUGAUGGGUUCCCUUGUUACUGUGGGCUCUUGAUUGGUGAGGCUGGUAGGAAAUCUCUUGAAGAGUGCUGUUAACCCGGAAGGGUAACAUGCAUCUUGGAUGAGGUGGACCAUGCUUCCAGUUCAUGUCGGCUUGUUGGUUCGAGGGUGUCUUGAUACCUGCACUCUCACGCAGCUGGGGUUUUCGCACAUUGGUUGCAUGUCCUUUUUGACGUCCAUUCAAGCAUGGUCGGUUCAGGAUCUCGCCAUUUCUUGUGCUAUCUAACCCGGCCUGUCAGUUUCCCGGAUUCAUUCUCUGGUUCUGUUUGAUACCUCGUCGUCCACUGCCUUGGUUUCCAGCCGGUAAGUAGAACACCUGCGCUUUUUUUCGUAGUUAAUAUGGGUCUUAUUUCUAUCAAGGCGUUGGUGUGUAAUAAAAGUCUUUAUUUGUGAGCUCA